GUGGGGAUGGAGGACGGGGUCCCGGAAAAGGAGGACGGCAAGGCCAGCCUUCCUUCCUCCUUCCUUCCUUGCCUCCCUCCCUGAGGAGGCCCUUCUUGCUUCUCUUUCCCCGCCGCCUUUUUUCUGACAUUUACGCGUCAGUGGGAAUUUCCAACUUGUAGUAUAGGAAGUAGUAGCGAGUGAGAAGGAGGCAGGCGCCCGGAGGCAAAGGUGCGGGACAACAAGGACCAGGAGAAGCAGACACGGGUCCCUCUCUGCUCGUCUCUCAGGAUGGCAGAUGAGAGUGCAUAUAUCUUGGGACUAGAUCAUCAAGUGUUUCCAAUGGACCCCUACCCCAUGGGGAUGAAUCCACUGUUCAAUAAUUCAAGCAUGAUUACAUCUGAUCUAUCACUUCACGCAGCUAAUGGGCCAUACCUUCAAAUUGUUGAACAGCCUAAGCAGAGGGGGUUUCGCUUCCGCUACGUUUGUGAAGGACCAUCACAUGGCGGACUUCCUGGAGCUUCCAGUGAAAAGAACAAAAAAUCAUAUCCACAGGUUAAAAUCUGCAAUUACACUGGGCCAGCAAAAGUAAUCGUGCAGUUAGUCACAAAUGGAAAACACGUCCACCUUCAUGCUCACAGUUUGGUGGGGAAACACUGUGAACAUGGGGUAUGCACAGUUAAUGCAGGACCCAAAGACAUGGCGGUGGGGUUUCCAAAUCUUGGAAUACUACAUGUUACAAAGAAGAGAGUCUUAGACACGCUGGAAACACGCAUGAUUGAUGCCUGUAAAAAAGGGUAUAAUCCAGGACUCCUAGUACACCCAGAUCUGGGCUAUAUACAAGUUGAAGGUGGAGGGGAGAGACAGCUAACAGAACAAGAACGGGAAAUUGUUCAUCAGGCAGCACUUCAGCAGACAAAAGAAAUGGACCUCAGUGUUGUGCGGCUAAUGUUCACAGCAUUUCUCCCUGACAGCACCGGCAGUUUUACAAGAAGGCUUCAACCUGUCUUGUCUGAUCCUAUAUAUGAUAGCAAAGCUCCCAAUGCAUCUAACUUAAAAAUUGUACGCAUGGAUCGCACAGCAGGCUGUGUGACAGGAGGAGAAGAGAUUUACCUUCUUUGUGACAAAGUUCAGAAAGAUGAUAUUCAGAUCCGCUUUUACGAAGAAGAUGAAAAUGGUGGUGUCUGGGAAGGGUUUGGAGACUUUUCACCUACUGAUGUACAUAGACAGUUUGCCAUUGUAUUCAAAACACCAAAGUACAGAGAUGUCAAUAUUACAAAACCAGCAUCUGUUUUUGUCCAGCUACGGCGGAAGUCAGAUCUGGAGACAAGCGAACCAAAGCCUUUUCUAUACUAUCCUGAAAUCAAAGAUAAAGAAGAAGUGCAAAGAAAACGACAGAAGCUCAUGCCUAACUUCUCUGAUAGUUAUGGCGGUAGUGGUGCAGGUGCUGGAGGAGGUGGAAUGUAUGGAGGAGGAGGUGGUGGUGGUGGUGCUGGAUCAGGAUAUGGGUACUCACCAUAUGGUUUUUCUGGUUAUGGAGCAAUGCACUUCCAUUCCAACACAAACAAGACUGGUGCAGGAAUGAAACAUGGUUUAUCAAAUGACAUGCCUAAAAAAGAUGCCGAAAGUUGCUGCACCAAAAAACACAGUGUGAAAUUCAAAGAGAAAUCAGAGAUUGAAGAGGAAAGCAAAGCGAGUAUAGGCACAGUUCCAGAGGUAGAAAGGUCCACUUUAUCAUGUGCUGAUACAGCAGAUGCUUAUCUACAAGGUGCUUUCUUUUUGGAAAAGGCAAUGGAGCUUGCCAAGCGCCAUGCCAAUGCCCUCUUUGAUUAUGCAGUCACUGGAGAUGUAAAGAUGCUGCUGGCUGUACAGUGUCACCUUACUUCUGUCCAGGAUGAAAAUGGUGAUAAUGUCCUUCACCUAGCAAUUAUUCAUCUUCAUGCAGAACUAGUGAGGAAUCUCCUAGAAGUAAUAGCGGAUCUUGAUUCUGCUGACGUUCUCAAUGUGAGAAAUGACCUUUACCAGACCCCUUUACACCUGGCCGUUAUCACAAAGCAGGCAAGAGUAGUAAAAGACUUACUCAGUACUGGGGCAGAUGUGACCCUCUUGGAUCGCCAUGGCAAUUCAGUAUUACAUCUAGCAGUCAAACAAGGGGAUGAGAAGGUGUUAAACAUCCUGCUUAACCACAAAGAGGCAUCUCUGAUUAAAGACCUUCCUAAUGGAGAAGGCCUAGCUGUCAUCCACUUAGCUGUGAUGGCAAACAGUGUGUCUUGUCUUAGACGACUGUUUGCUGCAGAUAUUGAUGUCAAUGCUCAGGAACAGAAGUCUGGGAAAACUGCAUUGCAUCUGGCUGUCGAACAAGGAAAUAUCUCCUUGGCAGGUUGCCUUCUUCUUGAGGGGGAGGCAUUUGUUGACAGUACUACCUAUGAUGGAACCACUCCACUUCACAUAGCAGCUGGAAGAGGCUCUACAAAAUUGGCAGCUCUUCUCAAAGCAGCAGGUGCAGAUCCCCACAUUGAGAACUUUGAACCACUGUUUGAACAAGAUGAUGUGAAGGACAAAGAUGGGGAAGAUGAAGGGAUUAUCCCUGGAACGACACCUUUGGACAUGGCAACCAGCUGGGAGGUAUAUGACAUCUUGAACGGCAAAUGCUCAAAGUCAAAGGUGGCUUCAGAUGACGUAUUGAUUCGAGGAAACAUGAAAGAGCUGAGCGACAGUGUUAAAUCACAGCUUUACAAGUUACUUGAAGUGCCUGAUCUGAACAAAAAUUGGUCCAUGUUAGCACAAAAGCUGGGUCUAGGGAUACUAAACAAUGCCUUCCGGCUGAGUCCUUCUCCAUCAAAAACUCUACUGGAUAAUUAUGAGGUAACACAUAAUUAUGAGGUUUCUGGUGGAACAGUAAAAGAGCUUGUUGAUGCCUUGAGAGAAAUGGAUUAUCCAGAGCCUGUUGGAAUAAUUCAGAAAUCACUGUCUGUUGCAUCAAGCCAGUCCAGCCAAGAAAUUACAAAAGAUGCGAGACCUUCAUUAAGUGAAUCACCUUCAUCACCCAUAAAAUCACAAACAGGUGAACUUUGCAAUCUCAAACUCCAAGAUACUGAAAGCAUUUGUGACAGCGGGGUAGAGAUCUCCCUCCGCAAACUUAGCUUUACACAUUCGGAGUCUUUCACCAGCAAGUCACCGGUAAUGCUUAAGAAGCUGGCCACAGGAUAUGGACAGGAUAAUGUGCUGCAAAGCAAAAUUGAAGCCACUUAAGAUGCUGUGUAAAGUUAAUGAUCCAGAGUGCACUAGAAAAAAGAGCUCUUUGAAAUAUACAUCCACAGGACCUUUCAACAGUCACCAGCUGGAUCACAGUAAAGAGCGACACUCAAGGAUGGACUGAGUGAACUUUGCUUUGUUCCUAAGAUCUUCAUCUUAAAGGAAAUUAACUGCUCUCAUGAUAUUCAGUUAACGUUCAUAAGGGACAAUGACUGUAGGACAAACUGUGAAGCACAAUAAUUAAAUCAGCAACAAUGACCAGGAUAAAUACUUAAGCCAAAAAUAAAUAAAUAAAUAAAUAAUGUAUAUUUCUGUAACUAUUUAAAACCAGUGUCUAUAAAAUAAUUCAAACUUCAGAAUGUUUCCUAUUACUGUUUUACCAUAUUUGUACUGUAAAUAUUUCAAUUUUGAUGAAUCACUGAAGACAAAAGUGCUUUUUAAAUACUUGCUUUUCUUUUUACUUUUAUAAUAAAAUGCAAAAUUGAGAUCA